AUUUUAAUCGUGCUGGAAAUCCUUUGCUUGAACUAGUUACUGAGCCAGUUUUUAAAAAGUUAGAAGAUGUUUCCAGAUUUAUUAAACAACUUCAAAAUCUUUUGCGUUACUUAGAUGUUUCUGAGGCUAGAAUGGAGAAAGGUCAAUUGCGGAUUGAUUUAAAUUUUUCUCUGCAGUUAGGAGAUAGAUAUUCUACACCCCGCUAUGAAAUUAAAAAUCUUAAUUCGCUGGCUAAUGUUGAGAAAGCAGUGAAGUACGAGAUUAAGAAACAUCAAUUAUUAUUUUCUCAAGGUAAAAAUCCUCCUCUUAGCCAAACAUUAGGAUUUGAUGAGUCUCAGCAAGUAACUAUUUCUCAUCGGGAAAAAACAAAUUACUUCUAUUUACCAGAGGUAAAUAUUCCUCCAAUUAGAAUAAAAGUUAGUGAAGUAAGAAAGAUUAAAGAUGAUCUUCCUAAAUUGCCUUGGGUUUAUUGA